UUUAAAUUAAAUUCAGUGUCGUUAUCGUCGUAAUAAAUAAGAAAUAAUAUUUUUUUAGACAACAAAUUACAUAAAAAAAAUUAUAUUCAGAUUGUAUUCACACACUCUGUCUGACAUAUUGUUCAUGUUGUUUGUCGGACAAUGAACGAACGGUGCAUUGUGAAGAAUUCGUGUAUCAGACAUCAGACAGACCAAACCAACCAAGCGACAUUUUGAUUAUUAUUCCAUUGUAUUGCCAUGUCAGUCAAUAUUGUUUGUGUAAUAUAAAUAAUCACGGGUAACGUCGUAGUGAUGCGUUGUUAAUAAUGUUUGAGGAAUAAGACGUUCAUAACUGAUUCGUAUACGUAGGCAAUAAUUCGCGUUUGAGUUUUCAGUUAUGUAUCACUGUUGGGACGCGUAGCUAGUCUGAAAGUGGUACAGGUAGUGUUAGGAGGGCAUUUUUUGUUUUUUUAUCGUGAUUGCUGGGAUUUGUCGGCGGGAUGGCUGUUCCCGAACAGUUCUCACUUCGAUGGAAUGAUUUCCAUUCGAAUUUGUCUCAAUCGUUUCAUGCCUUGCUGGAAGGUGAAGACUUGGUUGACGUGACCCUGGCCGCUGGUGGCCAGUACGUGCACGCUCACAAACUGAUCCUCUCAGUAUGCAGUCCAUACUUCAAGGAACUUUUUAAGAUGAACCCAUGUGAACACCCAAUAGUAAUAUUGAAAGACGUGGCACACCAAGAAUUGCGCCAGUUGCUUCAGUUUAUGUACCGCGGUGAGGUUCACGUGCGUCGCCAGGAGUUGUCUGGCUUCCUUCAUACUGCUGAGCUUCUACAAGUCAAGGGUCUGACUGGAGGCCGGGAGCGGAGCGAGUCUCCGACUGGUAUGGCUGAGGAGCCCCCAAAGCCUACGCCCCCACAACAGGAAACAGUUGAGCAGCCGCCAGCCGAGUGGUCCCCUGCAGUGGAAGACACCACCUCCUCCGAGCCUCCUCCCGAACCCACCGACACAGUCACCAUCAAGGAGGAAGCUGCAAGGAGCCCGCUUAAGAGAUUACUGAAGAACACCCCGACAAAGAACAGCCACAACACCAAGAAGAAGCCGCGCACAAUCAAGGACUCGCCCACUCACCCAGAGAACACCGACUACCCUUACGACGGCGAACCGCUGAUUGACUUCGACAACGACCUGUUUCACAGCGUGCUUGUGCUGCCCGAGUCUGCCAAGGAGUCCGCAGGUUGGAACUGCAAGACGGGGGGAGUAAAGUGUCCGUCGUGCCACCGGUACUUCGCGAACCGGUACAACCUGAAGGUGCACAUCCGGGACAAGCACGACACACGCGAGGGCACGCUGCAGUGCGACAUCUGCCAGAAGCGGAUGCGCAACCCGUCGUGUCUGCGCGUGCAUAUGUACCAUCACCGCAAGCAGGCCGCCUACCUCGCACAGCUCAGCACGCAGGGAGAACCCAUGAAGAUGCAGAACAUGGUCGGUGGAGGCAAGUGGCGCUCCGACUCAUCUAUGAGCAGCGGAGACUUCAAGGAUGUCGAUAAUUUCUCGCCAGGAUCUACUCCAGAAUCGAACAAGGCGUUUCUCGCGCAACUUGGUCAAAACGAGGCAAUGAGGCAAGCUUUCUCUACAUCGACACCUGAGGCGAAGUGCUCCCCCGAGGCGAACAACGUGUCCAGCGGCGCCGAGUCUGGCAAGCUCUCUGAUUCCGUGGUCCCCAAGACAGAAGCGGAUUCUGAAACCGUAUGAUGUCCAAUGAACAGGCAUCCUCUCAUCUACGACUUCGUGGCUCCCGACCGGCUGUACUCUAUCUUCACCGAACAAUCUUACUGGACCAAAAACUUCAUCUUCAAAGUGGGGCGUAAGAAAAGGAAGCGCAAUAACAGUAACGCCCCCGCCAACAGGACCCCAGGUAGGCCCCUCCGGCGCUCAGAGCGCCUCCGUCGCAGUCAACCACCUGAGAUUUAAUGUGUGAUUCAUGAUUGGAUACUCUUCUUUUUUAUAUUACUUAUAUUUUAGUAUUACACACUGUACCUCAACAUUUUAUGUAGCGUGUUCCUUGAUGUUCUUUUGUAAAAUUAUUAUUUGCGAAUAUACGACGAACUUUCCGAUGAACUUUGUUUAACAAAACUUAGUUUUUCUAAAUAUCAAAUGGACGUCAAGGAACCAUUGAAAUUCUCAGACUCUUGUCUUAAUUAAUUAUACAUGUUUUUUAUAUUAAACAUUCCAAUACACAAAUUCCAAAGACUGAAACAAUAUACAUUGCAUUAUAAUAUUAUGUAGUAUUUGAAAAGCGCAGGAUGAUUUUAUAUUAUUGUCAUUAUUGAUGUAGUGUGCGCGCGGAGAGUUGCAAUUUGUCCGUAAUCUUAUUUAUUCGGCAAUAUAUUAGAUGUAAGACUGGAAUUGAUGCCAUUCUUCUUAUAUUCUCUUUAAUCUAUUAUACUCUUAACUUUAUAAGUAUUACGUAAGGACUUUAGACAUUUUAUAUUCUGUACUUCUACAAUUUUGGAUAUUGGAUCUACACUUAGGUUAGUGAGUAUUAAUCGCGGUAACUGAACCACAUCCUGCGCUUUUAUAAAAAGACGAGAUUAUUAACGUGACUUGUAUUCUAUCAGCCAGUCUUUUACUGUAGCGAUGUGACAAGUUGUAGAACAUCCCGUGGUAAAAGAUUGGACCAUAGAUGAUUUUCAUAAUAAAAAUAGAGCAAGUACAAGUUAUUGUAGGCAGCUAGACCGACACAGAUGAUAAUUUAAUUAUAGAACAAACAAACGUUGCCAUUCCGCGUCGAAGUGUACAAAAGAAACAUUUUCGUUUAUUGACAACAUGGUAUGAUAGGUGACCGUUUAAAGCAUAACCUUACAGUACAAAAUACGUUAUCGUAUAUUAAUCAUCUAUGUAUGCUUUACUUAGAUUUUAAGUUAUUUUUAAGUUUUUAGUUAAGUCCCCGUAACGUGAACAAUUUAUACGUACAACAUAGGUUUAACGAUGUAUACAUUUUUUAUAUUAUACAAGGGUUGUUUAGGUGUAUUAAGAAUAUAAAAUUAUACCUCAAUAUUUGAAGCGACUGUUUAUGUAAGAUAUGUUAUCCACUUCGGUUGACCGUUGGGAACAGAAAGUUUGCUCUCGUUCACCAAAACUUUGUUUAUUUCUAGUUUAUAUAUUUUGUACAUUCCACAAGUUACAAAGUAGUAUCCGCCCCGGUAGAUGAUUGUGUGGUUCAGGAACGGGAGCGGCUAACGGCUGGUCCGAGUGUCUGGUCGGUGACAGAUUACAUUCCAAUAUAAUAUUAUAAGGUAUUAAAAUUUCGUCAAAUUGUGACCGGAAGAUAUCGCACGGGUCCGACAGCGUGUCUUGCAAUAAUGUGGUUGCUCGUGUUAACGUUUCUCUGGUCAGGCUUUAAAGCGCGAAUAGCUUUAACGUUUUAAGAAUCGUCCCAUCGUAAUGAAGUCGAAAUGUAUUGUAGUCAUUAGCUCUCUUAUUGUAACGAGGUGAACCUUGGAUCGGCGCCAUCCGGCGGCAUGCGUCGGCCGCAUUUUUUGUAUAUUUUUGUACGACUUAGCCUCGGUCCGCAUCACUUCGGAAGAAAAUGUUAAAAACAAGUACGUCCAAUAAUCGGUGUAUUUUUAUAAAGGUUUGGGUUUCUAACCAUUAAUUAUAAGGGGUAAUGUGACUAACACUUAUGAUAUCGAAAAAAAUCUCUUUACAUUCCAGUAGGUAUAAGCGUACAUAAUCUAAAAAAAAUAGAAACUUUUUUCUAACGUUAUAAUAUUAUAUUUAUAAAAUAAGUUCGUAGCAUUUAAGUUUAUAAAAGAGAUUAUUAAGAGGUACGAGUUAAGAACAUUCCAUAGUAAUGAUAGCUCUUGUAGAUUUUUAGCAUUUAUAUUGAUAUAUCAAGUGUUUUUUACCAAAUUAUUUUUAUACCAAUGCUAUUUACAUUAUAGUAUAUGUCGAGUGUAUAGACGGUGACCGCAACGCAUCUGUCGGUUACGACAAGCUCACAAUAUUUUGAUUUAUUUGAAGCGAAUUGUUUUAAAGGCAGCGGCGACGUAACUAUACAAGAAGUAGCUUCACUUAUUCCGAACAGAGCGCACUGUGUGUCGUGCACACACAGUCAGGACUAAGGCAGUUCAGCAGGCAGCUAUAGUGCCCAUUCGUACAAUCACAACAGACCUUGCAGCACAGUAUUCGCCGCUGCCUUCAAAACACACCCUCUAGAGCCCGCUCAAGAUUUUUAGUACUCGAUGAAAGCGCUCAGAAUAUAUUUUUACUCUUUAUUCUAUGUAAUACUCAGUUUACUUUGUUGCCAAAUAUAAUACUGUCAUCAGUAUAAUAUCAAGUCAGACGCGAGGUAGCCUCAACGUUGUUGUCUUUAUAUUACAACGUGGUGUUGCAGUAUUGUGUGCAACGCUCCGGUAGUCGUGUAACGGCUACGACUUGACAGUUUUGUCAUGAGAGCACACGUGGAGGCGCCUCGAAUAUAAUGGAAUCAUAUAUAACAUUCCACAGUAAUAGAUUAAGAAGCGAUUGUCGCACAUUUAUCGACUAAUUAAUACUUUAUAUUGACCUGUCAGUAGUGUUUCUGUAAUCUUUAACGUAUCUACUCUGUAUUCUAAGAUUUUCUACUGUGUGCUCAAAUAAUCAUGAUAAAGUACAGAUGUAUGUGUAUAUCCAUGACAGAAUUAGCUUUAAGAUUACUUUUGUCAAUUUUGAAUUUCAAAUUUAGUUAGUAUUAUUGUAUUGGCGGGGAAACAGUUAUUGUUCACGAGCGUUUGGACGCACCUUGUGGUACAAGUAGCUGUUGUAUGACCGCUCAGAUGGAGGUACAUUAAAAUGUUUUCAAGCUCAAGAUAUAUUUAUAUAUUUUAUGCACAUGUGAAAAAUAUUAAUAACUAGUGACAAUAACGUUUCCCUGUGCAAACAAGAUUAUACUAGGAUUGUGCAUCACAAUAUAGUACCUAGUGUCACUGGAGUAAUUAAAAAUUGUUACCCGUGCUGACUUGAAGGGCCAAGUUGAGGAAAAAAAGUUUGAAAUUCAAAAUAACUAAAAGCGGAAAAGUUGUUAGUUCACAACGAUGACUCAGCCAUAUGACAUGUUUUAGGCAACUAAUAAAUCGUAUUAAUAUCAAACUGUCCGUCUUAACAUUUAUAUUAUUAUGAAUAAGUAUUUUAUGACACAAAAUAACCAAUAGAUGGAUAUCAGUAGGUAUAGGUUAAACUUCCAAGUUUUAUGGAAGCUGUCGCUGUGUUUAUAACAGAUAUUUUGACAUUCCCAUUUCUAGUUUAUAUAUAUAUAUAUUCUUCUUGAUAUUCUUAGUAGACUUGUGAAACAUGUAUGUAUUGUAUGUGUAUAUUUUGCAUUUAACUAUUAUGGUAUGACAAUAAAUUGUCCGAUAAAUUGGCCAGUAUUCUUUGAGACUAGGAUGUAGUAAGGACGUGCUUGGGACAAGCAAGCCUGCGUUAUGGCAGCAGUUUUACUGCGAAGGCAACGAGCGGUGAUGAUGUUGACGAAAGUGUGACUUUAUGUCGAUGUACAGUUGUAUUGUAGGUACGAAACACCGAAGCAGUGAUAAUUAUGUAUUCGUCCGGAAGAGAUACAAUCUCGUUUUGUAGGCUGCUACUGAAACGUUAGACUGCACGAAUUGUGAUGGAUCCUUGUCUCAGUACACAGUGUACCUAAUCGAAUAUAAAACGAAAAAGACUAAAUCCAAACAAAAGUUUCGUAAUUUGUCUUGUAUAUUGGCUUUGUAACGUUUUACAGUAAUUGAAAACUUUUGGAUAAAUAUUGAACAAAUUUGCUCAAUAUAUUUUACAACUUGUAUAAGUCUUAUCGAAUUUAUAACAUUUGUAUCGAAUUUACGAUUGAAAUAUUUAAUCCUUCUAUAUGGUAGCGUGCUGACUAUGUCGAAAUAUAAAUGCUACAAAGCAUUUACUGCGAAUCUCGUGUAUUUAUAUAAAAAAUUGUGACACAAUUUGAUUACCAUCUUGUUGCUAAAUUGGCGUAUUUGCUAGAAUUGCAACAAGUGAUGAAGGAGCUAUUGUUUUGUGUUACCAUUCAAACUAUUUGACGUUCUAUUGUUUCAAUAGUUAAAAUAAACUCGAGUAAUAUGUAAAAAUAUGAAAAAUCAAACCGAAAUUACUUCGAUUCACAAUAGCAAUGCUACCUCUUAACCAUAUUUUGUACAACGAAGAAGAUUUUUUGAUUUAUAUAAAUUGUCUUAAGCUCUCUAAGUUGUGAUGAUAUUUAUUUUUAAGUUUAAUAUCAGCUGAUGUUAAUUGUUUAUACUUGUGUUAAUGUCGAUGUUUUUAUUUAUCUGUUACCACUUGCUUUAUGAUGAUCAGGUGUGAUUCAAUCGUAAGCAUUAUGAGCUCGGAGAUAAGUGGUUUGGCAGAAAGUAAAUAUUGGCAUUGACAUCAGUACUUGAAAGUGUUGGUUGCUUAAAAACACGUAUUUUUUCUUUAAUUUAUUUAAUGGAAAUUAAGUGUCAGUCGCCCAAAAACUUGCAUUGCUUUAUUUGC